GAUCAGUAUUUGACACGAAAAAAGUCCCAAAUUGCGGAAAAAUGGACAAGAGAGAGAGAGCGCGCUAAAGACAAGAGGCAAAACCCAAAUGCUAAUUCAAUUCAUCCUUCAUUUGAAAUUGAGAUAAAUACAAAUCGACUCUGCGUUAAUGUUUGACUCUACUUCGCAGCAAAAUUCAUAGCUUUUUCCAUCGUAUCAUAUUCUCCCUCUAAGCUUCUUCUGCUUUUCCUUCGAUUCUGAAUUCUCACUCACUGAUUACGGAGGUAUAGAUGCUUGGAAAAGGUGUCUCAAGAGAGCACUUUCAACCCCGGACAUGUUCUACGAGGAAGAAUACAUCCAAAACUGGUCGGGCGAAACUGGAUUUAGAGAAUAUUGUUUACAUUGACUUAGAUUGUGAUCAAUUUGAUGAUGUAGAAAUGAUAGAUUGUCCUGAUGCUGUUUUACAAAAUUUGUGCGGUUUUAGUGGGCCUAUUAGAGAUAGAACAUCGACACCACAUAGUGUUAUUAAUUAGCAUUAAUGAUGAUGAUGUGGAUCAUUCUGGAAUUGAUGUUGAUGGUGUUGGAGAGUUGGAUAGUGAUGCCUCUUCAAACAAAAGGUUUUCUACGACCUCAAGUGUGCGAAAUUCUGUACAUGUAGAUGUUGAUGAUUGUGAUGUGUAAGAAAAAGAUUCUGUUUCAAAGAGGCAAAAAAGUAAGGAAGUUUUCUCUUCAAGGACUGCUUUAAGAAAUCGUUAUGGUUUAUAUGGGUCUGAAAUUGAGUCAUCUGAUAGUGAUUGUUCUGAUUGUGAGGUCAUAAAACGUGAACAGUGGGAAAAGGUUUCGGCAAAGAGAAAGGGCCGUGUAUUUAAUGAGCGUGCUAGUUCUUUUGGUUUACAUAGAAAUAAUUACAAUAAUAUAGAAGUGGAAAAUAAGUCUCAAAGGCAUGGGAAGGGCCCUUUAUAUGGUCCUAGCAGUAGUAAUUAUGUCAAGGAGAAUCAAUCUUCCUUCACUGUUAAGGAUGAUAUUCGGCAUGGAGAAAAGGCAACGAGAGAAAAAGUUUCUUCCUGCCCCAACUCCGAAAAUUCUAACUUCUGUAAUGGUUUUACUGGUUCUUCAAGGUUAGAGAAAGUUCUAGGUGAUGAAGAGUCUAAAUUUAUGAGCUCCAAUGACAUGGAAGUUGACGAUGAUGAAUCUCAAUUGAAUGCACAUGACAGGCAAGUUGACAGUGAUGAAUCUCCAUUGAGGAAUAAAAACGACAAUAUUUUUUAAGGGAAUUCUAACGGUGCCUCUUUUGAUAAAAUGAAUUAUAAUGGUCAUGAGUUUGAGUUACAUACUCAAGAUGCUGAUAUUCCUGCUUCAAGUAAGAAGAAUAUAAUUAAUCAAAAAGAAAAGCAUAAGGAAACCGAUUUAUAUAAACAAGCCAUGGAAGAGGAAUUGGCAUCCAGACAGCGAGCAUUGCAAAUUCAGGCAGAGGAAGCACAAAAAAUGCGCGAAAUGCGCAAAAGAAAAAAGGCUGAAAAUCAGGAGAAAGAAUUAAUGAACAUGAAAGAAAAACUGCGGAACGAAAUAAAGAAGAAGCUCGAUCAAUUGGAGAGGCAAUGCACAGAUAUGACCUCACUGCUUCGUGGCUUAGGAAUAAAUGUGGGGGAAAGUCUUAGACCUUCACCAAACGAGGUGCAAGCUGCCUAUAGACGGGCUAUGUUGAAGUUCCAUCCAGAUCGUGCAUCAAAAGCCGACAUUAGCAAGCAAAUUGAGGCUGAGGAAACGUCCAAGCUCAUCACAUCAUGCAUGAGGGAUAAGUUUUGUUCAACUUCAUGACCCUAAGAUAAAUUCCAAUGUAUGAAUUGAUUUGGGUAGUGUUUUAAUUGAAGCGCCUAUGCUUCAUUUUAUUUUUGUAUUAUUUUUUUAAUUCAUUUAGCCUUGUCUAACCUUCCCCCAAAUUUAAUGGCAGGAUAAAUAGGUUAGGGAACAAGAACAUGUAAAGGUUAUAACUCUUAGGGUAGGGCCAGUUUUUUAAGAUGGGCUGUAAAAUUCAUUCUUUGUGGAAUCAAUUUAUAAUGAUGUAGAGUUAUUGGUGGAUGAACUGUUGGUGCAAUCCAUAUAAAACUUUUUAAGAGGUACAAAGUCUACGGAA